AUGACGGACGAAAACUCGCUCCAAGGCAAUCCCCCAACUGCUUCCGGUGGAACCAACUUCCGAAUCCCUUCCACUCGCCUCUUCAAGCGAAAUGAAAUGUACUCCAACAUCAUUCUUGUAAGGGAUUCUUUGAAACCUAGUUUUUCUACGUGCUACUUUUUGUCUCUGCUAUUCUUACUUUCAACUUCAUCGCCUCUUUUAAUUUACUCUGGCCCUAAACAGGAGGCUGAAGAUAAAGAUUAUGAAUCAGAGAGUUCUGUGGAGGAUGACGUAGACUCCGACUUCGAUGAGGAUGAAAAUGCGCCUGACAAAUCAAACGCCGAAAGCUCAGCUGAUGACGAGGGAGAGGGUGGAAAGAGCAAAAAGCGGACCCGUCGUGUAGUUACCAAGGCAUACAAGAGAAAAUGCGCUAAAAGCCCUGCUGGAAAUCCUGGACCGAGAGGAGGAUAUCCUGGAGUCACAACGGAUCAGAAGGGAGUCGUUAAGACGAUUAAUCAACUUGACAAUAAGGACAACCUAUUCUACAUUAAGCAGGAACAUUUAUGA